AUGCCUUCCUCUAUACCCUUCCGCCGGCGCGAUCCCGGCGCAACAACCCAGGCGCCAUCCUCCUUCAACGACAUCGUCUUCCCCAAGAUAUACGAAGAAGCUUGGGGUAUUUCCGAUGGCAAACCUUCAGAUGACCGAUCUGAAUUCGACCGAGCGCGUAUCUUUCUCUUACGCAUGGCCAACAUGACCCCUGAUCCCAAGAUUAUCGAAGAGUUGCGCACGAUUGUUGCAAACCCACAGAAUAGAACGAUACAAGCCCUAGCUACAGCAAUACAGCAUCGGAUAUUUGGCGACUCACACGGCUCGUUUGCUACGACACCCUUGAUGCAGUCCGUACGAUUCAUGCUUCUAAAAGCCCGCGUGCCAGAGCUCAUUCUGUCAGACCGAACAAGAUCUGUCGUUGACUUCUUCUUCGAUCCAACACUAGAAAGAAAUCUCAAUCCUUUGCCCACUGGAGAUGUGUCCAUUUACAAGUAUCCGGCGGGAAGGUUAAAGGUUGCCAUUGUAGGAGGUGGGCCUACUGCUUUGGCAUCGGCCAUUUCAAUCGCGGAGAAGGGCGCUGGUAGUGUCGAGGUUCACAUGUACGAAAAACGCUGGAUACAAAAAGUGCUCCCCAAUGGUACUAUUGUCGUCGACUAUCCUCCAUAUGCCAAGCGAAGAGAUCAAGUCGUUACGCUUCAGGACUCUGUCACACGACUUCUCAGCAAACCAUCAUUCCAAGCGCUCUUUGCCGGAAGACCAGAACGAGUAUGGCCCGGCUCAGCCAACAUUCAGAUCCGGAAAGUCGAAGAUCGAUUCCUGAAGCGAGUGCAAGAUCCAGAGUUCCAGGGGCUCAUUUACUUACAUUGCGAUGGAGUUACCAGGGAGGACCUUGCUAAAGUUGGCGAUUUCCACGUUCUGCUUGGUGCCGACGGCGCCGCCUCAUGGGUACGACAGUCAUACUUCCAAGGAUAUGAGAAUGAGCGCGGGAGAAGCUAUGCGCUAGGCUUAGCUUUUGACCGACCAGCUGGUCUGCCAUGGUCACAGCCUCUCAACGUCUUCCUCACUCUUGGACAGACGCGUUACCUCCUAAACGCGAGUGAUCAUGACGGCCGAGGCUACCUAAACAUGCAACUUACUGAAGAGGAGUGGCACAAGAUGGUUUCUGUCGACGGCCAGCCCGUUCACUUUGGCAGGCCCGGCUGUUUCAGAAAGUUGGACGGAAGCGUCCCCGAAGGCUUUGAGCACAGUCAAGUAUUCGCACCGUCCGAGGAUAGGGGCAGUCCACUGUGGGUAUCAAUUUCGGACGGCCUCAAGCUGUUUGGGUUCAAGGAAGAGGAAGUCAUCAACGUUGUUCGCAUCCCUAUUGUUGUCCAGGCUGUAAGAGAAGGUGUUCAGAUGCUUCCACCACAGGAUUCGAUAAACGUCAAGCGCCCCCAUGCCCUUGUUGCAGUAGCUGGAGAUGCAGCAAUGACUGUCCAUUUCUGGCCUGGCCGUGGACUCAACAGCGGAAUCAAAGCAGGCUUAUCUCUAGGAGACGAGCUUGUACAUGCAUUGAAUCACGGCAAGUUUAUCGGCAUGCCCAUCGAUGCUUUGAAAGAGUACAACGACUUUAUUCUCAAGCUUCAAGGACGAGAGCACGAUAAACGAAGCAUUCCCAUUCUGAACCAAUCCGGUUCUCCCGAAAUGCUCGGCUGGCUCCUGCAGAAGGCCAACAGCGUUCCCGAUCAGGUAGCCAUCGAGUGGCUAAUCGGCGCCAUGACUCAAAUCGCAGAUCGUCUGCAAAGGAGAGAUGACUGGGCUUACGACUUUGUCGACAAUGUCGAGCCGCAGCUGCGCAUUGUGCUGCGUCAGCUGGACACGGUGACUCUCAAAGAAAUGGCAGUCUCCUUUCCUUGGCCGACUAGAGAGAUGGCCGGCGCAGAAGUACUACCCAUUCGGUCUAUGAAGCCAGAAGAGAAACAAAAAUGGCUUAACAACUUGUGGGGUCUCUUGAAAGACGAGAGAAGCAGAGAAAGCCGCGCCCCUCCGCCACAAGAACGAGACCGAUCUCCUUCAGCAGCGAGAUUUGAAGCGCCGAAAGGUGGCAAAGCUAGACCCGUGUCUCUCAUGCCGCCAGGUUCGGACAGCCUCGGCAACGGAAUUGGGUCAGCGAGUUUGAGGAGGAGCAAUGCCACACAAAGUGUGCGGCACAGUAGGAAUCUCUCAGUGCCAGGAGAGGGUGCACCGAGGGCUCGAUCGCCGUCACCAGGCCCAGGUGGUGAAGUCAGCUUAAGUAGAAUGCUGACGGUUCACAAGAAGCCGCCUACGUCGGUUUUGGGCGAUGCGUUAUCAUUGGCUCUAUUCCGUGUAGAAGACCAAUAA